GUUUCGCGUUUGAUUCGCAGUGGAUCGUUAUCGGAGAAUAUAUUGUCGGCCUUAUAAAGUAGGGGUUUUGCCAUCGAUAUGCGUCGAAUUUGGCGGUGGUUGAGUCUAUAGAAAGCUGUGAAAAAACGAAACAAAGCAUUAUGGAGCUAACCAUAUUCACCAUAAAUUGGUUCGAUGUGAUUUCGGUGGCGCUGACAUGUCUUGUGAUUUUCCUAGUGCAAGUUUUCAACGUUUAUUUGCAUAUACUCGACGACAAAGUCGAUAAUGGCAAGUCGAUCGAUGUGGUCGACAAAGCCCUCGCGAAGGAAUGCCCGAUACUAGAGAGCCUUACCCCCAGUUCACCCACUGCAACCACUCCGCCGAAAUCCCCCACAUCGGCCAACGGAAAGUUGGAAAAGCAAAUAAGUCUGCUGGACAACGAUAGCGGCAUCUCAUUGGGUUCCAUCAACACCUGUUCAACAACUGCAGCAAACCCAUCCCCAACACACCGAACACACAAUGGCUUCCACUCUUUCCCUUCGCACACGCUCAGCUUCGAGACCCUGGGCGAUGAGUACCACGAGGACGAGGACACCCUGUCUCUGGAGAAUCUGUUCCCCUGCGAUCAAACUGAAAUCUAUGCCUCCAAGAAGAUCAGUUUUAUAAUCGACGAGCUCAUCCAAACGGAGGUCAACUAUGUGAAUAACCUGAAGAAGGGAAUGGUGAACUACGGAAAUCUAAAGGAUGCAGAGGGUCUUCCAGAAGGACUAAGUGGCGAAGCCAAGCAGAAAACGCUACUGGGAAAUGUAGAGGAGAUUCUGGAACUUCAUGAGCAGGAAAUACUACCGCUAAUGCUGCGAAAUCAGCGGGAUCUCAAAGGUCUAUUCGAUGAGUUUGCCGCACAUUUCGAGAAAAAUCACUUUUACUGCUAUGUGAGCUUCACCAUGGGCAAGAAAUCCUCUAUGCAACUGCGACAAGAUCAUCGAUUGUGGUUGCAGUCGUAUCAAACCUCAAUAAAAGACAAGCUGGGCAUCGACAGCUUCCUAGUUCAGCCCAUCCAAAGACUGACCAGAUAUCCUUUGCUCCUUCAGCAAUUCAUAUCGGAAUUCUACAAGAGUGGAAUUAGUUGCAAGCCUGUGCUAACUGCGGUUUGCAAAUUGGAGACGCGAAUGAGACGUGCUCUGGAUGUGGUCAAUCAGGCCGAGGAGAUACCCAAUAUCGAGGAGCUCAACGAGUUGGACCUCCUGCAACUGGGAAACUUCCGACGUUCGACGGAGUUCGAUGCCCAGCACUUUCCCACUCGGAAAAAGUACCGCUCCAAGGUGUUCCUCUUCGAUCGGAGCCUCGUCUGCACGGAGGUGCGAAAGAAGCGACUGGCCUACCGGCAGCACUACAACUGGGAGCACGUGGAGCUCCAGAGGCCGCUGGACUCGGCCUCCUCCAAUGCCAACAAGAUCAUCAACCUGCUGGUGAAGAACCAGGAGGGUGGAUCGGGGUCUGGAUCCAGUGGCUCCAAGCGGGAGGAGUACUCCUUCGUGGCCACGGAGGCGGCGGUGGUGAAGCAGUGGCUCCAGGCCACCCACAAGAUCAUCGAGAUCGCGCGAAACGUGCACGCCAGGCGGAACACCUUCAGCUUGCCCAUGGACCUGGUGCUCGGAGUGGUCAUAGCCAUCUGGCUGAUAUGGCAGUACUUGUAGAUAGUCAUCAGACAUCGGAUUAUGUGCAAAACAAUAUUACUUAGUUUCGAGUCUAACCGAAGUUCGCUAGGAAUGGAAUUUUUAGAAUAGGUUUUUUCACAUAAUCCAGUGCCUAAAAAUCAUGGUCCCACCUCAGCACAUAAGCCAUGUCUCCAUGUCCCCAACCAUAUUCCCCACCCACUCACAACUCUAGAUCGUAGAUAUCUAAGAAUAAAGCUAAGUUAUUUCGUA